UUCUCCUCAUCUCCAUUUUUCUCCCUUUGCCUUUUCUCUCUCAUAAGUCAUAUCAUUCUCCUCUUCUUGGAAAAAAUUCGAAAAAUUAAAUUUGUAACAAAGAAAAGGCCAAAAAAAUUACAAGUUUAACCUCAAAUGUUAGUUGAAACUUGUCCCUAUAACAAUAGUUUUCUAAACAACAUGGUACACUCCGUGCCCAACAUGUCGUCAACUGCUGUGACGGACGACGAUGAUUUUGACGUCCGUCACAGCAGUUUUUAUGACCCGAAUCGCCUUAGCGAAGACGGGUCCCCUACAAUGUUGUCUCCAUGGAACCAAAGUUGUUCCCCUUAUACUAAAUCCCCUUGGUAUAACUUCGAUGAUGAUUUUCCAAAAAACUUGCCACAAAAUGGACUCAUUGGGUCCCUUGUUCGUGAAGAAGGACAUAUUUAUUCUUUAGCUGCAAAGAAUGAUAUUCUUUAUACUGGUUCAGAUAGCAAAAACAUACGUGUUUGGAAGGAUAUGAAGGAAUUUUCAGCUUUUAAAUCAAAUAGCGGUCUUGUUAAAGCUAUUAUUAUCGCCGGAGAGAAGAUAUUCACCGGUCAUCAAGACGGAAAAGUUCGAGUUUGGAAGGUGCAAUCGAAGAACCCUAACAACCAUAAACGUGCUGGGAGUUUGCCUAAACUCAUUGACAUUUUCAAGGCUUCCAUUAAGCCUAGCAACUAUGUAGAGGUAAAACGCAAUCGGACCACUCUUUGGAUCAAGCAUUGUGACGCAAUUUCAUGUUUAAGCAUGGACCAUAGUCAAGGCCUUCUAUACUCAGCUUCAUGGGAUAGAACAUUUAAAGUAUGGAAAGUUGAUAAUUCCAAAUGUUUAGAGUCCGUUAAAGCCCAUGACGAUGCCGUUAACUCCGUCGUCGCCAGUAUAGACGGAAUCGUCUACACCGGUUCAGCUGACGGAACCGUCAAAGUAUGGAAAAGAGAGUCAAACGGAAAAACCGUAAAUCACGUUUUUGUUCAAACGUUACUUAACCAAGAAUUCGCCGUUACGGCUCUAGCGGUAAAUAAACCCGGAUCAGUGGUUUAUUGCGGUUCAUCAGAUGGGGUUUUAAAUUUUUGGGAACGUGAGAAGAAAAAUUUAAUCCAUGGUGGGGUCCUUAAAGGGCAUAAAUUAGCGGUUCUUUGUUUAGCCGUUGCUGGAAAUUUGGUUUUUAGCGGUUCAGCAGAUAAAAAUAUUAUUGUAUGGAAGCGGGACGGUCCGGUUCAUAUGUGUUUGUCUAUAUUAACCGGUCAUAAUGGACCGGUUAAAUGCUUAGCAGUCGAGGAAGAUAAAUCUUCCUCGACCGGAAGUGAAAAAAAAUGGGUGGUUUAUAGUGGGAGUCUUGAUAAAUCGGUUAAAAUUUGGAGCGUUUCAGAAAUGGCACAUAAUUUGCAUCAAAUGACCACUAUGCAACAAAGUGGCCAAGAGGAUAAUAGUUGGGAUUCAAUCCCAUCCGUUAAAUAUUAAUCGGACGGUCCGAGUGUAUGACACGUGUAAUGUUGAUGCAUGAUUUUAAUUAGUAUAAUUUGCAUGGUAUUUUACACCGUUGUUAAUUGACAUGAUAAGGUAAUUAAGGGAUUAAUUAUGGUGUAAGUGAUGUAAUUAAUGUAGUGUGUAUAUUUUCUUUUGUG